AACCGGACGGGUCCUUCCGCCGCUAGUGUACUUCGGUGUGGGUUUUUUUUUUUUUAACAACGCGUGCGUCCUCUGGUGUGCUGUCACCUGCCGUCAUUGUCACCAUGUCCCGCUGCCUCGUUUUGGCCCGGUUCGCUGUCACGUCUUUCUCAGCCAGAACCACUCGCAGGGUUCCGGCAUGCGUCCGCUGUCUCAGCGGUGGUUUCCCCCGGUCCAUCACACGGGACCCGCAGGUCGAACCGCAGCAGAGUUGGAAGAGCGGGCCCAUGUUGCGGCAUCCUCGGCGGGCCUUUCCUUGGCUCAAGCGGCAGUCUUACUACAGUACGCAGGAGGCAGAGAAGGAACCCGAGGAGGAGGCUUUGCACACCAUCAUCAGUGAUUCCGAGAGCGUCCAAGGCGACUUCUCCAAACAUGAAUUUCAGGCCGAGACCAAGAAGCUUCUGGACAUUGUCGCCAUGUCUCUGUACUCUGAGAAGGAGGUGUUCAUCAGGGAGCUCAUUUCCAACAGCAGCGACGCCCUGGAGAAACUGCGCCACAGGCUGAUGACCGGAGGCGGCCAGACGGCCCCCAUGGAGAUCCACCUGCAGACGGACGCUGCCAAGGGCACCUUCACCGUACAGGACACAGGAGUGGGGAUGAACCAAGACGAGCUGGUUGCAAACUUGGGAACCAUCGCCCGCUCGGGUUCAAAGGCCUUUUUGGACGCCCUUCAGAACCAGGCGGAGGCCAGCAGCACCAUCAUCGGGCAGUUCGGCGUCGGCUUCUACUCGGCCUUCAUGGUGGCCAACCGCGUGGACGUCUACUCGCGGUCCGCCGAGCCAGGCUCGCCCGCGUUCAAGUGGUCCUCUGACGGCUCGGGAGUGUUUGAGAUCGCCGAGGCCGGCGGCGUUCAACAGGGCACCAAGAUAGUGUUGCACCUCAAGGACGACUGCAAGGAGUUCGCCUCCGAGGACAGAGUGAAAGACGUCGUGACCAAGUACAGCAACUUUGUCAGCUUUCCCAUUUUCCUCAACGGUCGCAGGCUCAACACGCUGCAGGCCUUGUGGAUGACGGAGCCCAAAGAAAUCAGCGACUGGCAGCACGAGGAGUUUUACCGCUACGUGGCGCAGGCGUACGACAAGCCGCGCUACACGCUGCACUACCGCGCCGACGCCCCUCUCAACAUCCGCAGCAUCUUUUACGUCCCCGAAACGAAGCCGUCCAUGUUUGACGUGAGCAGGGAAAUGGGCUCCAGCGUGGCCCUCUACAGCAGGAAAGUUCUCAUCCAGACCAAAGCCACCGACAUCCUGCCCAAGUGGCUGCGCUUCCUCCGUGGUGUUGUGGACAGUGAAGACAUCCCGCUUAAUCUGAGCAGAGAGCUGCUGCAGGAGAGCGCCCUCAUUAGGAAGCUCCGUGACGUCCUGCAGCAGAGGGUGAUCCGCUUUCUGCUGGACCAGAGCAGAAAGGAACCGGAGAAGUACAACAAGUUCUUUGAGGACUUCGGACUCUUCAUGCGCGAGGGCAUCGUCACCACGCACGAGCAGGACGUCAAGGAGGACAUCGCCAAGCUGCUCCGCUACGAGUCGUCGGCGUUGCCGGCGGGCCAGCACACCAACCUGACGGAGUACGCGUCCCGCAUGAAGGCCGGCACUCGCAACAUCUACUACCUGUGCGCGCCCAACCGUCACCUGGCAGAACACUCGCCCUACUUUGAGGCCAUGAAGCAGAAAGACAUGGAGGUACUGUUUUGCUACGAGCAGUUUGACGAGUUGACCUUGCUCCACCUGAGGGAGUUUGACAAGAAGAAGCUCAUCUCCGUGGAGACGGAUAUCGUGGUGGACCACUACAAGGAGGAGAAGUUCGAGGACAGCAAACGCGCAUCUGAGCGUCUGACUCAGGAGCAGGCGGACGACCUGAUCGCGUGGAUGAAGAACGCCCUGGCCCCCCGCGUCACCAACGUCAAACUCACUCCUCGCUUGGACACGCAUCCCGCCAUGAUCACGGUGCUGGAAAUGGGCGCCGCGCGCCACUUCCUGCGGACGCAGCAGCUGGCUCGCAGCGCCGAGGAGAGAGCGCAGAUACUGCAGCCCACCCUGGAGAUCAACGCAGGACACGAUCUGAUCAAGAAGCUUCACGCGCUCAAGGACUCCAACGCCGAACUGGCCGCACUGCUGCUGGAACAGAUUUACGACAACGCCAUGAUCGCGGCGGGCUUGAACGACGACCCUCGGCCGAUGAUUUCCCGCCUCAACGACUUGCUGACAAAAGCUCUGGAAAAGUACUGAGCGCGCGAGUACUUUUCUCUGAAACCGUUCCCGUCUGAAGACGGCGAGACAAAAUGGCCGCAGCUCAAGCGGACAGAAGCCGACGUCCGCGCUUUCCGUUCCGGCGUCCCGGACGCCAUUUUGUGUCCAUUUCAGACCCUCUCCCCGCUUUUCGGGCCGCCGUCCC